AGCUUAAAACGAAAAGCACGUUAUUACAAAACGAAACGGUUUUUAUUUUUCGGAAAUUUUUCUCUGUGUGUAUUUUAUUAAAAACUACGAAAACUAAUGGUCAACUGCAAUUGGGUCAUAUAGAAAUAUAUCAAAAAAAAUAGUAUUUGUAAUCAAACAUAUUUGUUAUGGUGGCAUUAAAAGUUAUCGAGAUUAAUUACAGGCGAUAGAUAAUACCCAAGCAAAAGUUUAAUUUCAAACAUAUAAAGAGUGAGAGUAAAAGAAAGCUGAAAUAAUGGAAAAAAGUGUUAAAAGAAAUGUUUGUGUGUUUUAAAAAGAAUAAUUAGAAGAAUUAAAAUUCAAUGGAAUUUUUGCCAUUACAAUUGAAUUGUGUUUUACAAACAACAUAUUCAGUGUUUUAAAUUGUUUUUAACGAAAUUUGUAAAAUAGUAAAUAAAAAAGCAAAAAAAAACAUCAUGUUUAAAGUAUUUCAUUGGUCCCUUAUGGGGGCUGGCCUUGGUCUUUUGGUAUCAAUGUUGGGUUUUUAUUGCGGCUGGUUCCUGUUCCCAACAAUGAUUCAUAAGAAAGUCGAAGAGAGUGUCAUAAUAGCCGAUGGUUCCGAGCAGUACAAACGUUUCAUACAAACACCACAACCUUUAACAUUUAAGGUUUAUAUAUUUAAUGUAACAAAUCCCCACAAGGUACAACAGGGUGCCUUACCAAUUGUUAAAGAAAUAGGACCCUAUGUUUACAAACAAUAUAGAGCGAAAAAAGUGAAACAUUUUUCACAUGAUGGUUCAAAAAUUACAUUUGUUCAAGAUCAAUUGUAUACUUUUGACGCAGAGGCAUCGGCUCCGUUUAAGGAGAGUGAUCAUAUAGUGGCUUUGAAUAUGCACAUGAAUGCAUUUUUACAAGUAUUCGAAAGAGAAAUCACAGACAUUUUACAGGGUUUUGCCAAUAGAAUAAAUUCACGCCUGAAUAGAACGCCAGGCGUACGAGUAUUGAAACGUUUAAUGGAUCGUAUUCGUGGGAAACGUAAAUCCGUAUUGCAAAUUGGGGAAAAUGAUCCCAGUUUGGCUUUGCUAUUGGUGCAUUUGAAUGCCAAUUUGAAGGCCAUUUUCAAUGAUCCUAAAACUAUGUUUGUGCACACCACAGUCAAGGAGUAUUUGUUCGAUGGUGUGAGAUUUUGUAUUAAUCCUCAGGGAUUAGCCAAGGCCAUUUGUAAUCAAAUCAAAGAUGGUGGUUCCAAGACUAUACGUGAACUUAAAGAUGGCAGUUUGGCCUUCUCAUUUUUCAAUCAUAAAAACGGCACCGGUCACGAUGUCUAUGAGGUCCACACUGGCAAAGGUGAUGCUAUGAGAGUUUUAGAAAUACAAAAACUUGAUGAUAACCAUCAUCUACAAGUCUGGUUGAAUUCCAGUGACAACAAUGGCACCUCAAAAUGCAAUCAAAUCAAUGGCACCGAUGCCUCCAUGUAUCCACCUUUUCGCCAGAAAGGUGAUUCCAUGUAUAUCUUUAGUGCCGAUAUCUGUCGUUCCGUUCAAUUGUUCUAUCAAAAGGAGAUCAUGUACAAAGGUAUACCCGGCUAUCGUUAUUCGAUUGGCGAGAAUUUUGUUAAUGACAUUGGCCCCGAACAUGAUAAUGAAUGUUUUUGUGUGGAUAAAUUGACGAAUAUUAUUAAGCGUAAAAAUGGUUGCCUCUAUGCUGGUGCCUUGGACUUGACAACCUGUCUGGAUGCCCCGGUAAUUUUGACUUUGCCCCACAUGUUAGGAGCCUCUAAUGAAUAUACGAAAACUAUAAGAGGACUAAAUCCGGAUGCCCAAAAACACCAGACAUUUGUAGAUGUACAACAUCUUACUGGCGUGCCACUUCAGGGUGGCAAACGUGUUCAGUUUAAUAUGUUUCUGAAGAGUAUUAAUCGUAUAACGAUUACGGAAAAUCUAACAACAGUUCUAAUGCCCGCCAUUUGGGUGGAAGAGGGUAUCGAAUUGAAUGGAGAAAUGGUGACAUUUUUCAAGAAACGUCUCAUCAACACUUUGAAAACGUUGAAUGUUGUGCAGUGGGCUGCUUUGUUCGGUGGCAUUGGUGUGGCUGCUAUUUGUUUAAUUUAUUAUGUGGUGCAAAGUCGAAAACCGGCUGCCGUGGUGGAGGCACCUUUAAAAUAAAUUAAAGAAUA